AGUUGAGCGGUACAUAUAUACACACACUCCCGUUCGUUUGUUACAGACAUGCACGAAGACUUGUGUCCGGGUAACGUAGAUUUUACAUGGCCCGCACACCUAUAAUAAUUCAUACGGUUGAUAAUUGUUGUUGCAUUUUCUACAGUUUCCAUUAAAAAAUACGCAAGGUAAGAGACAAUCCCAAUUAUUUAAUUAUUGAUUCGCUACGCUCCGAAUUGCUUCAAGCAAUUAUUAUUUAUAAUUUAUAUUUAUUAUUAUAUUUAUUAUAUUUAUUAUAUUUAUUAUUUAUAAUUACUUUUGUCUUGUAACAUAAACGCAUAAAAUAAGUAUCUCAAUUAAAACUAAAUAUUUUCAUUUUCAAGCCACUAUAUUUGAUAAACCAAUAAACGAUUAAACUUAUUUUCGGUAUUAUUAAGGACAUUCUAUUGAUAUUUGAUAUCCAUUAUAUUAUAAUUAGGAUGCAGAUGUUUCAAGGUGUUCGUUCAUUAUACCUCAAUUAUUCAAUGUUUGGAUUCCCAGCGAGUGGGACACAGUUGAUCGUUAUUACAGUGUUUUCAAUUUUGGCGAUAUUGUUAUGUUACGACAAAUGGAACCGUCGGCGCUAUGAAACAUUAACUAACGAAUUGAAUGGUCCUCCGGAUUAUCCGAUUAUAGGGUCAUGCUUGGAAAGUUUUGGUGGUAAGGGAAACAAAUCAUUUUAUGUUUAGAUUGUAUGUAGGUAUACUUAAUUAAUUUAUUAAUAUGUAUUUUAUAAUAACUAGAUCACUACGAAAAAAUAAUGUUCUAUGGAGAUCUAUUCAAUUACGGCCUAUUUAAAUGUUGGUUUGGUAGUUAUUUAAGUGUUUUCAUUACUAAGCCAGAAGAUCUUCAAGUAAAUAAGUUGUUAAAUAAUUACAAUAUAUAAUUACAUAAUAAUAACAUUUCUAUAGAACAGGCCUGGGUUAUAGGCCAUCCCCUGAAUCCCCUUGAAUACCCCAGAACUAUAUGUCAAUAAAUUUAGUUCCAACCUUCUAUAUGAAUCAAAAGUUCGAAUUUCAUUAUUAAUUUAAAUUUUAAAAUAUAUGAAAAUAAUGAUAUUAUAUGAGUUACACUUUAUGGAUAAAUAAUUUCGGAUUGAAUAUUUUCUUAAUAUAUCAAUACACGCGAAUAUAUUUAGUAUACGCACUUAAUUAAUUUUAAAAACUCAUUUGUUUCAGAUUAUUUUAAAUAGUUCAAAGGCCUUAAACAAAGGCUAUGUGUAUAAGAUGGCUACUAAACUUAUAGGCGAAGGUUUAGUUACAGCCCCAGGUUCGUGAAAAUUAAUUAUAAAUUUACCAUAAAAAAUAAUUAAUUUAAUUUAUCGUAUUACUUUCGACUAUCCUAAUAAAUUAUUUGUUAGUAGAAUAGUUAGUAGUCAUAAGAUCCACCACCGAAAUCUUCGCAUUACUUAAAUGUCUUUAUUAAUAUUAUUAUAGUAGAUAAAUGGAAAAUACAUCGACGUUUGAUGAAUCCUUUAUUUAAAUAUGAUAUUAUAAAGGAAAAGUUUUUCCCAAUUUUUCAAGAGAAAUCAAAAGUACUAGUUCAGAAAAUACAAAAGGGAGUAGAUAAUACACAACCGAUUGAUAUCUUGGAUUGUAUAUCAAGUGUAACUCUCAGCACAGUUUGUCGUAAGUAUUUAAACACCUUAUUAUGAUAUAUGAUAUAUGUAAAAGUGGUAUACUUUGUACCAAACUAUUAAACUUUCAGUGAAUAUAAUAUUUUUAUUUUCGUUUAUAGAAACAACGAUGGAUUACAAUCUUGACACUCACACAGAUAUGGGUUUCAAAAUGGGUGUAAUAAAGUAAAACAUUUAAAUAAUGAAUUACUUAAACACAAAUAAUUCAAUUAGGUUAUGGACUAAUAUAAUAAUUUUUCUACAGAGGCGUUGAAUUGGUUAUUAAUAGAGUACCAAAAGUUUGGUUAUAUCCUGAUGUAAUAUAUAAUCUUUAUAUCAAAUUGUUUGGCUAUGAAAAUAUAUAUAAAAUUGUGCGAAACCUACCUAGGCAUGUAUGUGUAUGCGAGAUAUAACAUUGGAUUUACGUUUUAAUAUGAAUUUUAAUUGUUCAGAUAAUCGCGAAAAAGAAAAAUGAUUAUGUAAAUAAAUUUUCAAAGAAAAACACGACAGAUACAGAUGUUAACGAUGGCAAAAGUAAGUGAUUGUUAUAAUAAACUACGACCAGAGAAUUUUUAAUUAACCAAAGUGUAGGUGGGUAUCAUGUUAUUAGAUUGUUCAAAUAGAUGUGCUUUUCGCAGUGUAUUUGAUAUAUUCAUCAGAAAUGAUGGAUAUGAAUUUAAUAAUUACAUAAGUUACUACUACUACUAGUUGGUUUUACCUCUUGUAUUGUUUAGGCGAAUGUUUUAAAGGAUUGGUGGAAACUUUAUUGGACUCAAACAAACCUGAAGAGAGGUUUACCGAUGAGGAUAUUAUGGGUCAUGUCAUUACUAUGGUAGGCGCUGUAAGUUCAAAAUACUUAAUAUAAUAUUCAAUCGCAGGUGGCAAAUAAUUAUUAUAUUUAUAGGGUUUCGAAACCACUUCAUUGACUGCUAGUUUUUGCUUUUUGAUGUUAGCUAUCUAUCCAGAUAUUCAAGUAAGUCACCACUUAAAAAAGUUCGAUAUUAAAAGAAGUCUUAAACAUGAUAUUUUUAGGAUAAAGUUUACGAUGAAAUUUGUAGUGCAUUAGGUGACAGUGAUGAACCUAUUACUAUGGAACAAACGAAUAAGCUAGUUUAUUUGAAACAAGUUAUCUACGAAACCCUCCGUUUAUUCCCGACUGCACCAAUUAUAUCGAGACAACUUCAUGAUGAUGUCACGAUUCGUACGGACAUAAUAUAUACUAGAAUGUAUAGAAUAAAUUUAUAAAACAAAUAUUUUUUUUGUUUCAGGUAAUCACAAACUGCUAAAAGGAACAAUGUGCGUUAUUUCUCCUUUGAUUACGCAUCAUAAUCCUGAGUUAUACUCGAAUCCCAAUUCAUUUAAUCCGGACAAUUUUAACGCCGAAAACGUCGCCAAACGUCAUAAAUAUAGUUUCAUUGCAUUUAGUGGUGGUCCAAGAGGCUGUAUUGGUAUAAGAACAUAUUAAACAUAUAAUUUUCAAAUUUUUUUAACAUUUGUAUUCAAUUACAGGAAAGAAAUAUGGUUUGGUUUUUUUGACAGUUAUAAUCACUGAAGUUUUACGGAGUUUCAGUGUGCACACGGAUAUGAAAUUCAGUGAUAUUAAGUUAAAAUUAGGUAUAACAUUACAUAACACCGUUGGUUUUCCUAUAACCACUAAAUCGAGAAAGAAUCGUCAUAAUGUGUGUAAUAAUGCUGAAAUGCUUAACUAUUAAAAAUAGUAAAAAUAAAAUAAA